CUGUGUCAGAUGAUACCGGUGGAUGCCUUCGUUCUUUUUAUUUUUCGAAGAUGCAGUAUGUACUUUAUUCUCGAGGGGUGUUGCAUCAUGUAUGUGGGACGCAGGAGACAGGGUGCGAGGUCACUGUAUCCACUGUACCUACCCCAUAGACACGUGAGGUAUAUGCACGAGACCGAUCCGAGGGAAUGCAGGUGGUAGGCAUGGUAACCGUGUAUUGAAACGACAACAUAGCAAUGCCGAAGCUGGCAGCAUUGAUGGGAGAUGAGGAUGAAUCACUGAGGACAAUGCCGGAUACCGUGUGCUGCUGUACGAAAGGAUUUGAUAUAGCCUUUGCAGGGUAUAUGCAUUUGGAGGUGUCACUGUCGUGCGCAGUAUGCGGUGGGGUCAAGCAGCAAGCCCUAUGCGUCUCGUCGUCGAGUAGGAAUCUUUCAACUCAUCCGGCCGGCUGGCACAGACGGCUUACAUGCUUGGCUGCUGCUGGCGGGCUGACGACGACCAACAAUUGCGGCGGACCUCGGGGCGGCAAACAGGAUGAAAGGAGUAUUGAAGGUCAUCAUCAUCACCAUCACCAUCAGUGCUCAUCAUCGCGCAUUGAACCCGGGAUGGAAAAAGAAUGUGCACGCAAGAAGCAUGUCCGGCAUCCGAGCGUGUCGACCAGAAUAGCAUACUCUCAUCACAAGUCCACAACGGUCGACGUGAUAUCCACGCUCGCCAAGGUUUGUCGCAUGGUCCAGUACUGGAGAGAGGCUCAAACUCGGCCGUGA